AGAAAACCGCCGAGGAGGGCGCUGGGGGCCGGUGGCGGCGGCGCGGGAGGCGGCAACGGGACGGCGACGCGGUACUGGCGCGCCCGGGGGUCCGACCGCGGCAGCUAACGCGAGAUGAACACGGGCGACAAGGCCCGGCUGGGGCCCGCGGCCGACGGGCCCGCGCCGCCCGAGGAGGGGGGCGAGGCGGGCGGGAAGGAGCAGGCGGCGGACGCGACCCCGGGGCCCAGCGACGCGUUCCGCCUCCUGGUGACUCGGCGGGAGCCGGCCGUGAGGCUGCAGUAUGCAGUGAGCGGCCUGGAGCCGCUGACCUGGUCGGAGGACCACCGCGUGUCCGUGUCCACGGCCCGCAGCAUCGCUGUCCUGGAGCUCAUCUGCGACGUGCACAACCCGGGCCAGGACCUGGUUAUCCACCGCACCUCAGUGCCCGCCCCUCUCAACAGCUGCCUCCUCAAAGUUGGCUCAAAAGCGGAGGUCGCCGAGUGUAAGCAGAGGUUCGCCACCUCUGCAGACCCCACAGUCAGCCAGACUUUCAUGCUGGAUCGGGCGUUCAACCCCGAGGGGAAGGCCUUGCCACCACUGAGAGGGUUCAAGUACACCAGCUGGUCCCCCGUGGGCUGCGACGCCAAUGGCAGGUGCCUUUUGGCAGCACUGACCAUGGACAAUCGCCUGACCAUCCAGGCUAACCUCAACAGACUCCAGUGGGUCCAGCUGGUCGACCUGACGGAGAUCUACGGGGAACGUCUUUACGAGACCAGUUACCGGCUCUCUAAGAACGAGGCCCCAGCAGGGAGUCUGGCGGAUUUUGCGGAGUUUCAGCGGAGACACAGCAUGCAGACGCCAGUCAGAAUGGAGUGGUCGGGCAUCUGCACCACCCAGCAGGUCAAGCACAACAACGAGUGCCGGGACGUGGGGAGCGUGCUCCUGGCGGUCCUCUUCGAGAACGGCAACAUCGCUGUGUGGCAGUUUCAGCUCCCCUUCGUGGGAAAGGAAUCCAUCUCUUCGUGCAGCACGAUUGAGUCGGGCAUCAACUCUCCCAGUGUCUUGUUUUGGUGGGAAUAUGAGCACAAUAAUCGGAAAAUGAGCGGCCUUAUUGUGGGGAGUGCUUUCGGACCUGUAAAAAUCCUCCCUGUCAAUCUCAAAGCAGUGAAAGGCUAUUUCACUUUAAGGCAGCCUGUCGUCUUGUGGAAGGAGAUGGACCAGUUGCCCGUGCACAGCAUCAAAUGUGUCCCGCUUUAUCACCCGUACCAGAAGUGUAGCUGUAGCUUGGUGGUGGCUGCCAGAGGACCCUAUGUGUUCUGGUGUCUCCUGCUGAUCUCCAAAGCAGGUCUGAACGUUCACAACUCCCACGUCACGGGCCUUCACUCGCUCCCGAUCGUCUCCAUGACUGCAGACAAGCAGAAUGGGACGGUCUAUACCUGUUCCAGCGACGGCAAGGUGCGGCAGCUGAUUCCCAUUUUCACAGAUGUCGCACUGAAGUUCGAGCACCAGUUGAUCCGACUCUCCGAUGUGUUUGGCUCCGUGAGGACUCACGGGAUAGCGGUGAGCCCCUGCGGCGCGUAUCUGGCCAUCAUCACAACGGAGGGCAUGGUCAAUGGCCUCCAUCCCGUGAACAAAAACUACCAGGUCCAGUUCGUUGCUCUCAAAACCUUUGAAGAGGCAGCUGCUCAGCUCCUGGAGUCUUCAAUUCAGAAUCUCUUUAAGCAGGUAGAUCUAAUAGACAUAGUACGCUGGAAGAUUCUAAAAGAUAAACACAUCCCGCAGUUUUUACAAGAAGCUUUGGAAAAAAAGAUCGAAAGCAGCGGGGCCACCUAUUUUUGGCGCUUCAAGCUUUUCCUCCUGAGGAUUUUAUACCAGUCGAUGCAGAAAACCCCUUCCGAGGCCUUGUGGAAGCCCACCCGCGAAGACUCAAAAAUCUUACUGAGUGACUCCCCUGCAGCGGGCAAUGCCGAGGACGAGCAGCAAGAGGAAGGCACUUCCUCCAAACAGGUGACGAAGCAAGGCCUUCAGGAGAGGAGCAAAGAAGGGGACCCAGAGGACCCCACAGAUGACUCCCUCGCCCAGUCUGGAGACGCUGGAGGCCGUGAGCCCAUGGAGGAGAAACUCCUCGAAAUCCAAGGGAAAAUCGAAGCCGUGGAAAUGCACUUGACCAGGGAGCACAUGAAGCGAGUCUUGGGAGAAGUGUACCUGCACACCUGGAUCACAGAAAACACCAGCAUCCCCACCAGGGGACUCUGUAACUUCCUAAUGUCUGAUGAAGAGUAUGAUGACCGAACAGCACGGGUGCUGAUCGGCCACAUCUCGAAGAAGAUGAACAAGCAGACUUUCCCCGAGCACUGCAGUUUAUGUAAAGAGAUCUUGCCAUUCACGGAUCGCAAACAGGCAGUCUGUUCCAACGGCCACAUUUGGCUCCGGUGCUUUUUAACCUACCAGUCCUGCCAGAGCUUGAUCUACAGAAGGUGUCUGCUCCACGACAGCAUCGCCCGCCACCCAGCUCCCGAAGAUCCCGACUGGAUUAAGAGGUUACUGCAAAGCCCCUGCCCUUUCUGCGACUCUCCUGUCUUCUGAGUGUCAGUGGUGGGGCGUGGACAGGGCGUGUGAUGUGCUCGACAACACUCUCCGGCUGGAGAGACGGGGCGCGGGAGGCUGGCCUGCGCCACGGGGCGGCGCUCCCCCGGGCCGCCCAGGGCCCCCGCGUCCCCCUCGCCAGCACAGCCCCGUCUCCUGACUGAAUGCAGAGCUCCCGGUCGGCCUGAGACAAGAGCCGGCCCCUUUCCCCACCCAGCGAGGACGCCUGUUCUUCAAGUGUCUUGACUGAAGCAGUUUGAACAAAUGCGCUCUCGUUCCUAGGACAGAAUGAUUUCUUCUAGAGGUUUUGGAAAAGGGCCUUGGAGGUGGAGCUAGGAUUUAGCCCCAGCCAUGGUCUGGAACUGCCUUGCGGCUCCAGAGCGCUUAAACCUGGGCCGGCGUGCCCCAGGAGUUCAAGCGCCUGGACGUGCAGCCUGCUCUUGUGUCCCGUGAAUAGCUGCGGAACUCCGUCCCACCAGUUCUUGUUUGAAAACAUUUUCCUAAAACUUUAUAUUUUUAAGAGGCUGAAGCCGAUUGUAAAAUUGGUUUUAAUGUGUCAAAAAGUCAGGUGACACUUGUAAGUUAAUAAUGGCGACGUAUUUUUGAUGGUCUCCCGUGUCGUCUGAUCUCCUGCCCCAGCUCCCCAGUGUGUAUGAGGGUGUCAGGCGUUCCAGUCCACCCGGGUCGCCCUGCCUCCGACUGAACCGUGGUGACCUAUGUGAGCUACUUGUACACAGAAGUGGGAGAAUGUUUUCUCCUUUAAGUAUUAACACUGGGAGUGUUUUGAAUGUUGCCAUUUGCAGGUGUUCCAUUUAUGUCCAGUACAGGAGUGUGCAGAACCUACCCGGAGGCCUGGUGGCAGCUCAGGUGCGCACACUUGCGCCCUGGCGUGCAAGUGUGUGCGCCCGUUGGCCAUGCUAGGAGGGUGUCCUCUCCGCUGAGGUCCCUGAUAGUCACUGUACAGGCGUCUUUCUGUGGGCUGUUUGAGACAUUCAGUGUUAAUUGGUCUUAAAACUUAAAAUAAAAAACAGCCAUUACGGAAUUCCAGUGUUCUUGGAUUUUUACAUCGUGCUCCGGGGACUGGUGCUAAUCAGGACCAGCAGGCUCGCAGCUUGAAAGGGUGCCUGUUUCUGGAAAGUCGGAGGGGAAAUACACAGGGUGAAACUGACUCAUGCUCCCUGCCACCUCUUUUGCCUUGACUGGGACACAGUUUCCUACUCUUGUUUUGUAUUUAGUGAAAGACAUUUUGCCUCACUUGAGAAACGCUUGCUAUUGGGUGAGGAUGUGACCAACAGCCACACACGUCCUCCUCCUCCCAUUUGUGUGGCGUUUGUGUGGUGGGGGCCAGGCCCUUGGAGGCCCUGCCGAGCCCUCGGCUUUGGAAUGUUCUUUGUUCUGCGUUCAGAAUUCAGAAAGUGCUAGUGAGCCUGGUAAACUCUGUCGCUUUCCUUCCAAACGCCUCCCUGUGUGAGAGUGCGUAGUGGUUCUGGCUCGACGUUGGGAGAGAGCAGCGCUUUCAACCGCUUUCUCUCAUGGCAUGUAAACUAAUUGCUAAAAUUUUGCAGCACACCAAAAAAUAAUUUUUGCUGAUAUAACAAAAAAAAAGUAAGUAUAAUUUUGAUUCAUUCACACCUGAGGGCUAGUGUUGUGUCUGCUGUUGUCUUUUUUUCCCAACUUGACCAUCUAAGGAAAAGAGGUCAGCGCCGCCGACUGCACAGGCAGAGCCCCGUCUGGGACGGCCUUGCCCUGCACCGGCUAGAAAGCGGCCCCUGGGCUGGGGGGCGCUGGGUUUUUCACUCCCUCCUCCUCCCGCCCCCGCCUCUGAAGCCACGUCACUCUUGGCGAGCAAAAAUUCAGGUUGGAGCUAAUCUGAGUGGAUCACGGUCAAAAUCAGGAGGCCUCAGUUUUUGAAGGGAAAAGUAUAUUCUGCCCUUCCUUUUUCUUAAGAGAUUGGGCAGCAUGCACAGCAGACAGAUCAGUGGACCCCUUUACAGGCACCCAUCACGGCCCCGCACCUCUGCCUGGCCCAGCGCUCCGUCACGGAUGUGUCUUGGUGCUCUCUGUCCUGCUGUGUGUCGGUGGCGUCAGCAACGCCGUGGCCUGCAGGAUGUCUCCAGGGUCUGACCUGUCCCCUCACACAUUAACCCACGUGAACUGUGUUCAUUUCCGCUGUUGGUGGAAGUAUCAGUUGGCAGCUGUAAGCAGAGUUUUAAACUGUGUCUCAAGGCUCAGAGUUACUAAACGUGCCCUGCCUGCUCCUGACACUGACAGGGGCUUUUGGCGUUGAGAUCCCCACGUCUGCCGGCCUGGCGUCUGCCGUAUAUUCCAGACAGACGGAGAACGUGUGAAACCUGACUGUCCUUGAGUGGAGUUGAAUGGAAUGGGAUGGCAGUCGGCUUUGCAGACUGCAGGGUUGCUCCUGCUGAUCUAAAGGGUGUAGCACCCCGAGGAGGCUGCGGGGUGAGUGCCUUUCCGGGGCAGAGGCUGGUGUUGGGGGGCUAGGCAGGCCACGGCCCCCUGCUCGCGGACCCGGUUUGUUUUAGGACGGGCUGCUUCUGAAAACGCCGUAUGAAACCAACAGAUCUAACCGGGGGAGCGACUGCAUGGGCAUCCUGUGAAGGAGUCCAUCCUUUCGGUGGGUGGCAGUUGCCGCCCCCCGCCCCCCACCCCCAGCCUUUACCCCGUUGGGCGGCUCGGCUUUUCCUGCCCUGCAUCGUCUUCAAGUCGUGGCCGUGCUCUAUGGGGAGACGCGCCAUGCGGCCUGAGGCCCCACCCGCGGCUCCCUUGCAGCGGAAUGACGGGGAGCACCACGGCAGUCGCAUGUUCCUUCCGGGCUUGGGAGGCGCAAGCACAGGGCAGGCGAGGCUCGCACGCCGCCCGGCAGAGGUGCGGGCCCACUGGCGGAAUCACUGAGGGCGGUCGGUGGAAGUGAACAUCAGGCUCUGCACGUUCCGUGCGUUUCUAAGGUGCAGACCUGCUUACCUCGCAUCGUAAAGCCCUGUGGCUUUCCCGGGGGACCCGUGAAGCGUGGGUCGCUGUGAGAGGCCGUGGUGGCUCUGCGGCGUUUUUACCUAUCGGUGUUACGCUUGGCUAGCGGCCGGUAGGGUUUAGGGUGUUUGGUUUUGGUACUAAUGCAGAAGUAAAUGCAAAAGUCAGUUACGUCUGUUUCAAGACUUUGACUCAGAUUUGUACUUUAAUGUAUGAAAGGACAGUGAAUAUCAAACUUGUUUAUACAAAAAUAAGCCUGUAUAGAAAAUAAGCCCGUGUUGUGUACACUGAUGUAUAUGUUAUGUUUACUUGACGCCUAUGCUAAUCUUUGUGCUUGGCUUUGAAUUUUUGUAUGUUUACAUGUGACAUUUUUUGAAAUAAAAAGAACAGGCAUCUAGAAACUUAAAAUUAUAAAAGUAAGAUGGUUUUUAAAUUUUUGCCCUCUGAUUCAGUGGUGUAUUAAGACUUCUCAUGUUUAAAUGAUACAUUUAUGAAGAAUAACACAUUUUGCUUAAAAGACCCCCCCCAUCCAGGGAAGUGGGCCGCCUCUCCCCAUUGCACCUGUGUACACAGUGUGUAUUUCUAGAUUGUAAGCUCCUCAAGGGCAGGGACCGCGUUCCAUCGCGGUGCUUCCAGCAGCACCUGGUGCCAAGUGCCUUGCACAGAGUGGGUGCUCGUGGUGCGCAGCGUGAGGGACUCCCACCGCCUGCAAGCUGUAGCCUGGCUCACUGCGUCCAGUGCAUUCCAGACUGCAAAGGACAGACCGCCGGGGGGGGGUCGUCUCAGUUUGAACUGAGCUUGGGUUGAACUAGACCACGCCAUACCCUUAGCACUAUCUAGCCUUCUUUUCCCGAAGAUAACAUACCAGUGUCCUGAGCUUUUAUCUAAUAUUAAGACAGAGGUUUCUGGGAAAGCAUGAAGUGGGAAAGGCUUCAGAGAAAAUAAAAGGUUAACCUUGGAGGGUGUUUGUCAGUGUGUAGCCCUUGCGGCAGCCUUAUUUUAAUUACUAAGGGGCGGGGGGCAACAGCCCUCUGUUUCUUCACUGGUUGGCUGCUUGGCAGCCACCAGGGUAAGGAGGGCCCGCCUGUUUUUGGCGGUCCCUCUGGAAUUCUGGAUUCCCCUCUGUUGCUCCUCUGAUUCCAGCCCUUAGAGUCUAAUGAAGCUGCUGUGAAAUUCCCGGUGCUGUGCGUAACGGCAGUUUUGUAAAUGUGAAAUAGCCUUGGAUAUGUUGUGUUUCGUAU